AUGGCUACUUCAUUCAAUGCGAAUAUCACUAACUUAACCCUGGAGAUGGGCGAUGACCAGCCUCGAGAUCACAGCCUGGCGAAAGUUGAAAUAGCCCUUCUAUGCAUUAUUUUCCUGAGUGCUGGCAUCCUUAACUCCGGGCUUGUGUUUGUGCUGUGGAAGAGACGGGAAAAGCUUUCUAGAAUGCACGUCUUCGUCUUUCAUCUAUGCUUGGCGGAUUUGGUGGUCGCGUUUUUCCAAGUGUGCCCUCAGCUGCUAUGGGACAUAACGGACAGGUUCAUUGGACCCGACCUGUUGUGCCGGUUUGUAAAGUACAUGCAAAUAGUUGGCAUGUUUGCGUCCACCUACAUGAUCGUGGUAAUGACUAUUGACCGCUAUCAGGCCAUUUGCAACCCCAUGGUCACGUUCCAGAGAGGGCGAGCGCGCUGGAAUGUCCCUGUUUGCGUAGCUUGGGCUAUAUCACUCAUCGGGAGCCUUCCUCAGAUCUUCAUCUUUUCCCGGGUUCAAGUAGCUCCCGGUGUGUUUGACUGCUGGGCUGAAUUCAUUAAACCUUGGGGACUAAAAACCUACGUGACAUGGACGACGCUUGUAAUUUUUGUACUACCCGUUUUCACUUUGAUCGUGUGCCAGGUGCGCAUCUGCAGAACCGUACAGAUGAACCUGUACAUAAAGACACACCAAGAAGGGGAAUCCGCGGUCACCAACCCACUUCCUUCCAGGAUUAGUAGCGUUGUGGGGGUGUCCAAAGCAAGAAUAAAGACAGUGAAGAUGACCGUGGUGAUUGUACUGGCGUAUAUAAUUUGCUGGGCUCCUUUCUUUACGGUCCAGCUCUGGUCUGUCUGGGACACGAAGGCACCCAUUGAAACCGCGAUCUUCACCAUCCUGAUGCUUUUGGCCAGUCUGAACAGUUGCGCGAACCCCUGCAUCUACCUGGUCUUCAGCUGGCAAGUGCCAAAGCGACUGGUGAAGUUACUGUGCAAGAAUCAGUCUAAGCUGAAAGAUUCCAUUCCCGACGAAGCCACGACGAUCAGCUCUAUCUACACAAGCUUCAAGAUCCCUUCGGAAUCGAGAUAAAUUGCGCCGCGAGGCACACUACUUUCGCAAGCUUCCUUCCAUGAAGAGCAGCUGGGGGUAUGAUUUGAAACGGCAACGCAUAACUACUGUUACCUACCAGCCGCGUUCUCUAUUUUCUGUUUGUAUAUUGAGUCGUGAGUUUUUGUCAUUGCGAUCCAUGCGCAGGAUAUACUGUACCCUAUGACACCUAGAGCUGCUUGCGAAUUUGUAAAUAGCCUGCUGUUCUCCGUACAAAACAUUGCAUGUCCUAUGGGCUAUGUGUAUGAUAAUAUAGUAUCAUAAUAAUAUAAUUUGACAGUGGAACAAAGUUAA